AUGGCGGGCCUUCCCUCACGGCCAACCCUAAAUGAUGCGUACAUUGACGAGCGACGAAGACCAUCGGAUGCCUACCGUCCACACCAGGACGCCCGGCGCACUGCGGACAAGUCACGUGAGCGGGAUAGCUCCUCUCGCCGCGAAUCCAGAGAUGGACCUGUACGAAGAGAUUCAAGAGAUAUGAGGGAUCCACGAGACGCUCGCGAGGAUUCUGCUCGUGGGGCACAAGAUAGCUCGCGGAGGCCGUCUGUAGCUUCUAGCUCCUCGCCCCGGCUAGGCAAGGCCAGCGUCGUCCAAACCCCAGACUCUCUCUCGCGAUCAUCUAAUGCCGCCCCAUCUCGUCUCGUUACAGCUGCCAAACCCUGUAUGCUGAGCAGCAAACCGCCGAUGAUUGAGACUCCCGAGUACCAAGACCUGUUCAACACCUUUUGGGCUUGGAGUGACACAUUAGUCGAUCGUGUGUCUGUCAAGUCGCAGUUUUCAAGAUGGAACGCAGAGGCUGGGCCGCGCCGGGCCUUCAAUACAAAGCUGGAAAAGGCAGAUGAAGGCACUUCCAUGGCUCUGCUGCGUCGUACAGAACUGAGACAGCAGGAAAAGGAUGAGAAGCUGUUAAAGAACAAGGUCUCGGAGACCGACAAGAGCCACCAAAAGGGAUUGGAAGAGCUCAUUUCCAAGUUCGUUGCCCUCAAAAAACCACCACCUAUAGCUGCCUCGGCCUCGGAGAGACAUUGUGACACAAAUCAAGCUCUCGAGCGUAAACUCGAGCUCCUGCAAAGUCGCUUCGAGCAGCAGGAGGCAGCGUUUGCAGCUCGUGAGCAUAAACUUAUCGAGCAGGAGAGGAGUGUUGGUGCAUGGCAAAAAGAGAUGCAGGAUCAGCAUGAUGCAACUUUGAAGGCUGUGGAGACGCUUCGGAUGGAGAAUGAGAAUCUCAAGAAACAGCUCACAAGGCAGAUGCGCGAAGUCUCCGAAAAGUCUGAAAAGUUGUCUGCCAAGACCUCUACUGAGUGCGACGGCUUUAAGAAGGACCUCAAGAGGAUCGACGAUGACAGCAGAGCGCGAUGCUCGACCAUAGAGGCUUUAUGUCAACAGACGGCCAAGACAUUAUCUCAGUCUGUCGAUACAUUAUCUCAGUCUUCGGCCCAAGCAAGCUCCAUGAUUACGAGCAUGGAGGCAGCACUGAACAAGCAGGCGCGGGAGUACGACAGCCUGGGCACACAGAUACAGCAGGUCCGAGACUCGUGCGCCAAUUUAGCCAGCACAAUCAAAUCGCUAGAGGCCGAGAUGGAGAAUACCACAGAGAAGGUUGACUCACUUGACCUGGAGAGCUUGGACAAAAUGGUCAACACGUGGGUCGACAACAAGAUUCCGGGACGGGUCAAGGGUCAUGAGGCAGAGAUCAACAACAUGCGCAAGGAACUCUCUGCCCUCAAGGAUCAUCUCCCGGUCAGACACGCCUCGUCUGCCACACAUUUGCCGAAUCAAUCAACCUCAGUCUCGCCAGAUUACCUCGAUGCGAAGUUGGUAGAGUUGUACGGCAAGGUGCAGACGACGGUGGCGGAGACGAGCGAUUGGCUCGGCGAUGAGCUUGAUGGCCUCAGAAAUGACUUUCAGAAGCUCCGGGACGAGAAGCUGGCGGAACGCAUCGCCUCCCUAGAGGCCAGAAGUCUCGAGAAGAGCUCCGAUGCUGCUGCAACAUCGGCGCUUGCAUCGCGUCUACAAGACCUGGAAGGACAAGACCUGCCAGGCAAAGUGAACUCGCUGCAGACCAUCUGCAUGGCUCGCCUGGGGGAGCUCGAAAAGUCUGUCAAGGAAUGGAGUACACAAGUGCAGGAACGCGCCAGUCAGGUUCUGCGCGAGGACUUCCAGGCUGUCAAGGACAAGCUUGAGGGUGUCGCGAUGCAGGCAAACCACCUCGAUACUCAAUUCAAGAAUGUGACGACCAAGGAGAUGGCUCGAAUGAUCCUUGGGGAGCUCAACCAGGUCACCAAUAAACCCGACAGCCUGGGACGCAGAGCCAUCGAGGCUGUGGAGAAGCUCAGCAGUAGGCUCGAUACCAUGUCGACAGAAAUUACACAAGCCAAGCAAACGCACACCCAUAUGCAAGACGAGUUCACGAAAUUGAGCGACUUCGUUGACAUAGUCGUCCGCAGCGGGCAUCGCGCAGGCGACAAGAGAUCCGCCGAGCCGCGGGCGAAUGGAGCCGAUAGCCCUGUCGAUCCCAAACGCCCAAGGAUCAGCAGCAGUACACCAAGUAAUAACCGACCAUCGCCAAGUGUGCCACAGGGCAUGACGAAUGGGGUGCCGCGACGGCCUCACUAG